UGUGUGUGUGUGUGUGUGUGUGUGUGUGUGUGUGUGUGUGUGUGUGUGUGUAAGCGACUUUCUUAUAUCUGUAAUCAAAACAUCACACUCUUGCAUUUCUCAGGACACAUGACAUCACUGCUCUUGUUUUAGAAGACAUUGAAGCUUUUCCCACAUUCUUUCCCGGUGCUGUGUUAAAUCUAUUUUGAGUGCUGGGAUUGUGUAAACAGUGUUUACUUUCAAAGGAUAAGAUAUGAGCAUAUGAAGAGACAUCUGCAACAUGACCCUCACCCUUUACUGACUACUAUCUUCACGAAUUACAUUUUUAUUUACAUUUAGCAGACGCUUUUGUCCAAAGCGACGUACAAUUAUAUCAUUCUACUAAAGUGAAUUUCUAACCAAGCAGACAACCAAACUUUUACAUUGUGGUACACUCGUAAAAAAAAUACAUUUUUAACAGCAAGAAGCGAGUCAUACGCGCAUUCAAAUUAAAAGCCGCAACUUCAGAUGAUUAAUGUCGAAAUAAAUGGAGCCUAAUCGAACCUUCCCUCUAUUAUUAGUAAGAUGAAGCAUCGCUCUGAUGUAACAGUGUUGUGUGGUUUUGGGUAAACCUUCGCCCAUCCUAUCUCCUUUAAAGGACUGUGUACUCGCCACUAAAUAUGGGCAUGCGCUCGCGCUGGAUUUCUUGGAAUGUCUAAGCAUCUCGAGCGGAUGAUGAGAGGCGAGGGGGCCGCGUGAGUCUGCCUCUGCUCCGAACAAACUGCUUCCCUACCGGCCCGGGACGAUCGGUAACACCUGAGCGUGGUCAGUGAUCACUUUUUCUUUUUCGUCCUGGAGUACUAAGGGAACUACGAAGGGAUACGGACUGACCCCGUGGAGUAAGAGUUGUUUUAAGUCCCUUUUUGGAGGAUAUUUGAUUUCACCGUGAACAUGUCGCAAGACUACGCGAACCGGAGAAAACAGCGGGGACUAACGAGACUGGGGCGGAUGGUGAGCGAGGACCCGGACAUCGACAACCUGCUGUCCAACCUGUCCCCCGAGGAGCUGGAGGAGGUGGAGAAGGAGGUCAUGAAUCUGCCAGACCCCGACCGCAGCGAUGUCACUCUCGUGGAUCAAACGGAUUCACAGUCCACCACGACCAACUCACGGGGCGCAAGGUCGGACCCAGCCGGUAGCGACUCCAAGAAAUCCCUCCAGAGAAACGUGUCUGUUGAGGGGGACGGCAAGUCGAGCCGCAAACAGGAGUACCUGCGUAAGAUGGGGUGGAGCCAGGAGAAGAAGGAGUACGGAGGUGUCCAGAGGCAGGACAGCGACUCCUGCUCUCAAGAAAACCAGACGGAAGCCAGAAGCAGCAGAGGCCCCGCAGCAGCCGACGGGCCUAAGGAAGAGCCCACGGGAGCGGGGCCGACGGGAGCGGGGCCCACGCACAGGCGGAGGAGGGAGGAGAGCAGGGACGCGGAGGUGAAGGGAGAGAGAGCGAGCAACGAGAAACCCACCGACAGGAGAGACACCAGGGAGAGCAUCAGAGCGAGCGACAGGAGAGACACCAGGGAGAGCAUCGGCGGCAGCAGCAGCAGCAUUAGCAAGACCAAGGAGCUGAUCUCCAAACUCCAGGAGAAAAAAGAGGAGAGCCGAGAGACGGAGCGGAAGGAGGAGGUGAGGAAGAAGGACGACAGCAAGAUGAAAGGGCUGAUCUCCAAAAUGGAGGAGAAGCGAGAGAAGGAGGAGAACAUGGAGAGACUCAGGAAAGAGGAAGCCAGGAAGAGAGACGACAGCAAGACCAAGGGGCCCAUGUCCAAGAUGGAGGACAGACAGAGUCCGAACGAAGCGAACAAAACAGAGGACAGGAAAAGGUCCGAGCCGAAAGACAAAACUGAUGCUCCGUCUGAGGGAGCGAAGGAGGACGGAGGAGAAAAGGUGGAAAAGAAGAAAGAUGGACAAGGAAAGGAAGUGAAAAAUGAAGGGAUGGAGAAUGAAGUGAAAACAAAUGAAACCAUGAAGGUCAAAGCGAACGGCGAGAGAAUGAAGCCGAGUGUGAAUGAGAAGGGAGAGGAUGAGGAGCAGAUGGAGAAGGCUGCGGGGGAAACAGCCAAAUUGACCCCCAGCAAGAAGGAGGCGCUGGGCAACUGUGUAGCAGAGAAGACCCCCAAACUGAAGACGAAGACGAAGGAGGAGGAGGAAGAGGAAGAGUCUGCCAGCAUGUUUGACGAGACCAUGCAGAAAGUCCGUGACAACGACUCAAACAUGACAGAGCUCAACGUCAACAACUCUGAGGUCAUCAAGGCCAAGACGCUGAUCCAGUUCGCCGAGGCGCUGCGGGACAACACACACAUCAAGACGUUUGCCCUCGCCAACUGCCGGGCGGACGACCACAUCGCCUACGCCAUCGCUGGAACCCUGCGCGUCAACAACACCCUCACCAGCAUCAACCUGGACUCCAACCUGCUGACCAGCAAGGGCAUCAUGGCGCUGGUCCAGGCGCUGCAGCGCAACGCCACGCUAACGGAGCUGCGCUUCCACAACCAGCGGCACAUUUGCGGCGGGAAGUCCGAGAUGGAGAUGACCAAGCUCCUAAAGGACAACACCACGCUGCUGAAGCUGGGCUACCACUUCGAGCUGGCCGGCCCGCGCAUGACCAUGACCAACAUCCUCAGCCGCAACAUGGACCGGCAGCGGCAGCGGCGGCUGCAGGAGCAGAAGCAGGCGCAGGCCAACGGCGACCAGAAGGGGGCGCUAGACGUGCCCAGGGUGUCGGGAGGAUUCCGCUCCCCCAGAGCCUCGCCCCGGCCCUCGCCGCAGCCGUCCCCCAUGCCGUCCCCGAAGACGACCCCGAAGAUGACCCCGAAGAAGGGCGGGGGCCCGCCGGGGCCAGGGGGACCCCCCCCCCCACCGCCGCCCCCUCCUCCCCCCGCCCCCAUGAUGGACGGGGACUUCCUGAAGAACUCUCUGACGCCCGUGUCCCAGAGGAGGGUGGAGGACCGGGCAGGGAGUCGUGGCGACGGCAAAAACACCCGAGACCAGCUGCUCGCCUCCAUCAGAGGCAACAACAUGAAACAGCUCAAGAAGGUUGCUGUACCAAAGCUGCUGCAGUAAGCAGGCAGGUCAGUGGCCAGGGCGGAGAACAGGCAGAGAGGAGGAGACAGAGAGGAGAAGAGACAGAGAGGAGGACAGACAGAGAGUAGGACAGGGGGAGGAGAACAGACGGAGAGGAGAACAGACGGAGAGGACACGGCUGCGAAGCGAAGGAGCAGACGAGUGCUGAGGGGAGGAGAACUUCAGCGUCUUCAGUGAGGAGGCCUCCUGACCUCCUCCUGUAGUGUCCCUGCAGCAGGAGCAGGAGCAGGAGCAGACGGAGGAGCAGGAGGAACAUCCCCAUCAAAUGCACAGCCUCCACCCUGCUCUCUCUCGCUCUCACAAUCACACACACACACACACACACGUAUACUUACACAGAUGCACAGUGUAACAGACAUACACACACACACACACACACACACACACACUCACACACAUACACUCUUCUCUCUCUUCACUGGACUUCGGGGAGGGUCUGGGUGUACUGGAGGGGCUCGUGCUGGGGGGGCUGGGGGUGGCGGGGCUUUGGCUUGAACUUGUGUUGAUGCCUUGCCUGUCAUUUUGCACUACUAGAUGAAGCAGUUCCUAUUGUAUGUUGAUACGUGUGUGUGUGUGUGUGUGUUGUGUGUUGUGCAGGGAUCAUGAAUGGCGUGCAUCUGUGUGUGAUUGGAAACUAUGAUAAGUGGCUCUUUAGGUCCAGGAGAAGUGUUAGCUGACACAUUUGAGGAUAGUUGUGAUGUGUGAAGACACCAGCCAGUCACUAGGAGUUUCUCCCUCCAGGGGUUUCCAUUUCUAUGGCAACAGGAUCAGGGAAUUCACAGCGGGAUUUGAUCUUACCUUGCUCACGAGAGAAAAGAUGGCUGCCUGCCAGCAGUGCCUAUUUCUGUGGCCAAAUCUCGAGUACGAGUCUGACAAGGUUUAUAUACUAAUAUAUAUACUAUACGCCCGUAGCCGUAGGGAGGAGACUCAGGAUGAAAUAUAUCCUUCUUCAAUUAGGAUGUGAGUGUGGUGGUUUACUUUUCAAAAACGACUUCCCACUCUUUGCUGGAUGUUCUUAUGUACUUUCGGAAAACGUAUCUCUUAAAACACGGCAUAUCUCUUAAGUUUUCUGUUGGGUUUAACAUAGCUUUACCAGCCUCUUAAUUGGACUGUCUAAUUCCGCAUUGCUUGUAUUUGUGCUGUUCUUUUCUCAGCUAGGAUGUGAUGUCAUAAUUGGAUCAUCAUUCCCAGAGUGCUUUUCAGUUCAUUCCACUGUGAUGCAAUAUUAUUCCAUCAGGCAAGAGUGCUUCCCAAAGCCUUCACACUCUCAAAAACUGUUAUCAUUGCAUUGAAGUAGCAGUAUAUUUCCUCACCUAUGUUGAUUAAAAUCAAUAAAUGUGUCUAAUCUUCGGAUGAUGAUUCAUCAGUAAGGGCUAUCUAUGCUCCAUAGACAUUCUGCUGUUGGUGUUGCAAGAUAUUUCUUUCUCUUUGCUAAAUGCUUCACUUUUUGUAGCUGUCCCAACAUAGCUCACUUUAGAGUGAAAUAUACCUACUCAUAUACCUUGUUAAGAUGUAUUCUAGAAAUAAUGUGUUUUACAGAAAAGUAUUAUUAAUUAUUAAUUCAAUGGGAAAAUAAAUAUAUUUUCAAAAUGGA